AUGAAUAUCGACCAACCUCGACAGGUGUCAUUCAAUGUAUCUGAUCACUACCAAGUCCUAGAAAUUGUUGGGGAAGGAGCCUAUGGUGUAGUUUGUUCGGCAGUACAUAAGCCUACUCAACAAAAGGUAGCUAUUAAGAAGAUAGAACCCUUCGAAAGGAGCAUGCUUUGCCUUCGAACCCUAAGGGAGUUGAAACUCUUGAAGCAUUUUAAUCACGAAAACAUAAUUAGCAUUUUGGCAAUUCAAAGACCUUUGAACUACGAGACGUUUAAUGAGAUAUAUUUAAUUCAAGAGCUCAUGGAAACGGAUUUGCAUAGAGUAAUUAGGACUCAAACUUUAAGUGAUGAUCAUAUCCAGUACUUUGUAUAUCAAACAUUAAGGGCCCUAAAAGCAAUGCAUUCAGCUAAUGUCUUACAUAGAGAUUUAAAGCCAUCCAACUUAUUGUUAAAUUCUAACUGCGAUUUGAAGAUAUGUGAUUUUGGUUUGGCAAGAUCAAUUGCUUCAAGUGAAGACAACUUCGGGUUUAUGACUGAGUAUGUGGCUACAAGAUGGUACAGGGCACCUGAAAUUAUGUUGACAUUCCAAGAAUAUACGACUGCGAUAGAUGUGUGGUCUGUGGGUUGCAUCCUUGCAGAGAUGCUUAGUGGAAGACCUUUGUUCCCUGGUAGAGAUUAUCAUAAUCAGCUAUGGUUGAUUAUGGAAGUGUUGGGUACUCCAAACAUGGAAGAUUACUAUAAUAUCAAAUCAAAAAGGGCAAGAGAAUAUAUACGGUCCCUACCGUUUUGUAAGAAAAUUCCUUUUCAAACUCUUUUUCAAUCCUCGAAUAAUAUCAAUCCUUUAGCCAUAGAUUUGUUGGAGAAGCUUUUGAUUUUCAACCCUACGAAGAGAAUUACGGUGGAUGACGCUUUGUGCCACCCAUAUUUGAAAUUAUAUCAUGAUCCUCAAGAUGAACCAGUAAGUGAAAAAAUUCCAGAAGACUUUUUUGAUUUUGACAAAAGAAAGGAAGACUUGAGUAUUGAAGAAUUGAAAAGACUAUUAUUCGAUGAAAUAAUGAAGCCUUUAUAG